CCGCCGUUUUUGUUCUUCCAUUCUUCCACCCUAACCUCCAAGUUGCUACCCCCCAACCUUGCCAAUUACCUUCCGAGCUCCCUUGUUGGCUUCGAUAUUGAUAACUGGGUGUAAUAUAGUAUAAGAUAAGAUAAGAUAAGCAAGGCUUGUCCAGACUGACUUGAAAGAGUGUAGAGAGUGCAAGCCACCCAAAAGCGAAGCAUGGCCGAAGAAACAUCCCGAAAAGAGCCCACCCUUGAUAAUACUACUACGAAUACUAUGAAUAUUGAUGAGGACGACCACUACUUGUUUCCCCAAUUGGACGGUCUUUCCAACGACAAUCUUUCCUGGCUGCUCUCGUACUUGUCGAUUCCGGAUAUAACUUCGGUGUCGCUGGUCUCGCGACGAUGCCACGUCGUGUGUCGCAGCAAUACGCUGUGGAAGUUAAAGUUUGAAGAUCGAUGGAAUAUCGACACGGUCUUUCGAUUGACCGUCAGUGGACAAAACUGGUACCGUGCCUAUCAAGCUGCCUACAAGAAUCCGCACGAUCUGUGGCUCUUUCACUGGAAUUGUACCUUUCCGCAAGAUGGAUUAGUGCCGGGGCGGUGCUGUAUCUAUGAUAAUACUAGUAAUACUAUUGUGGAAUCAUCAGAACAACAACAACAACAGAAACAAGAAGAAGAAGAGGAUGAGGAGGAUGAUUCACAUGAUUUGUGUCCUCCUUGCCGAUUUUUUCCAAAUCAUCCACUGAAAGUUGUUCAGAAGAGUCUUGCGCAGAAAAAGCACCAGACUCGUCAGUCACAAAAAGAAGAAGAAGAAGAAGAACCGACGUUGCUGACAGAAGUCAUUGCUGAGGCGACGGACCAUUCGCUCCGAGACUUUGCCAAAACGAUACCAAAAGACCUUCCAAAUAGUGAGAACAAGGACAAGAAACAACAACAUCAAGAUUACACACCGCAACGAGCCCAAUCCGCAUUUUCCCACGCCGCCACGUUUCAUCGUACACUCAACACACAACAGUACACGGCGGCUCCACCACGACAACCAUCAUCAUCAUCUUCUCCUGCUUGCUUGACUCCACUCACGGAUCUCUUAUUCUUCAACGUUUCGGAGGAACCACUCUCCACACACUUUGGACAACAAGAACUCUACCAUUUGUAUCAAGAACGCAGUCUCCAACAAGAUUGGGAACAAAGCACCCGUCAUCAUCAUCAUCAUCAGCGACAAAACAACAAUAACAACAACCAUACCCACGAAUUUGCCAAACCAGCACACGAAACGGCCCAUCACACAUGGCAUCAAGUGGUCGUCACCAAUCCCGAUUUUGUUCGACCCGUUGUCUUUCGCAUUUCCGUGGCACGACCCGAUUGUUUUGUCGUCUUUCCAUCGGAAGGAUUUCUACCGGCGGGACAAUCGGCCGUCGUGACGUUUGGAGUACGGCCACUGGGAAGUCUCAUUGCCACGGCAUUUGAAACCAUCAAUGCGCAGCGAUACGCUGAUCCGGGAUGGAUGCAAGACUUGUACGACGAAGAAGGACCCUUGCCGUGUGCACCCUUUUGUGUCCGAUACAAGUACAGCAGUGUCAUUCCCUGUAUCCCGGCGAGAGGAUUCGUGUCGCCGCAUCAACCACAACCGCGACAUGACGAUGACCAAGACGACAUCGAGCCACUACUAGGAGCAGCCAAUACUACGAAUCAUCCAUCCGUGGCCGAUGUCUGUUGGGAACAAAAGCAAAUGAUUGAUUACCACUGGUCCGGUGGGGAGUCGAACAACAACAAUAACAGCAACAAUAACAGUGUCGUGGAACCACACGAAGUGCGCAGCUUUUGUUUGUCGGCCCAUGUCAAUGCGCACUACCCCUUUGCGCAGUUCCUCCACGAGACUCUCACGCCGUUUGACUUGACGGUCGAUCCAUCUCCCAGCAUCAAACGACGACAACAACAACCAUCAUCAUCGUUGGAACAACACCAAUCGUCUUUGCCCAUGCUCUUUUUUGCCGCACCGCAACUGUACGAGUUCUACCCCCAAUCCGUGUAUCCGCAAUUGCAGCAGGUACAAUUGGAAACCGAAGUCUCACAUGCGGGACACGUCUUUCGCAGUCAUCGACGAAAAUGCCAAAAGUGUCGACGGAAUACGUGGGGACCGCGAUUGGAAGAAAUGGGACAGGCGUUUGUAUUGGCCAGGUUAGACGCGUGGAAGAGCAAUCAAAAACAAGAAAUGCUAUUACGGAAUUGUGCGAUCAUUGUUCAAACGCUGCAAGAAGAAUAUCAACGACAAGAGCACGAGCUGAGCAAUAGUGCAUCAUUGCAGCAGCAACAGCAACAAUUAUCAUCAUUUGACGACGCGGAUCGUAUAAAGGUAGCUGAAAAAAUCGUUGCGGUGGUGGUGCGACGUCAACAGUUGCUCUACGUGGUCCAGAAAAUGAUACUUCGAUAUCGAGCGGCUACGUUUGUGGUCAACAAGCUGAAGAUGAGAUCGGUAUUGACGAGAUUAGAAAUGCUCGCCGACUGCUUGUAUGGGAUCAAUGGUCAAGAGAUUGAUGUUAUACCCUACCAGCGAAUACCCUGGCGCGAAUGUGGAACGUUUCGGUAUGCCACUAGCAGCGGUUCCGUAUUUCGACCGCAACAAGCUUUGACCAUGGAUCAUCCCGAGUGGAGCCUUCUGGCCAAGGAUGACGACGAGGAUAUGGAUUCCUUUCGUUACUUGAUUCAUACACCGGGCAAGUUCCACCUCGGGCCUCAGGAGGACCCGAAUCAUCUCGGUGAGCUUGUUCCGUCAGAGUCCAGCCCAUAUCACCAACGACAAAAGGGAUGCGCCACGGACAUGUUCAUGGAUGACCCACUCCGUGGAUUGCAGAGUGCCUUGAUUACCAUUCAAGAUCCGCGCAGUGUCCUUGUGCAUGGGAUCUACGAUCGAGUACCGUAUCCUGGCAAAGUCGUUCGAAGGCCGCAACUUCCUCACAUUUUCAUGAACAACAAAUACAACAGUAAUAGUGAGAGCGACUGCCCUGCCAUCGUGCGUUCCUUGUUGGACAAGGCAGUCUUCUACCGCCUUCAAGACGCGCUGGGUUUGACACACCUAUUGCCACAAAUGUCCGACCAUUCAGUAUAUCGUACAUUGUCGAUGAGGCGUUAUCUAAGGAACAUACCACCACUAGGUAUGGGUCGAUUCCCGUUGAGUAUUGAUGAUGGCAGCGACCCAACCGAGCCUAUGGACGAAAAACCAGAAACGCCUGCAGAGAAAGAUGGAAAAGAGGUCAUUGAAGUGUCCCCAGCGUCGUUGGCAGAGGAGACAACAACGAGUGACAACAGGUUGGAAUCCUCAUUAGCCAGUUUGCGGCCUUUUGCUUCCUCUAGGAUCGUGGCUCUCUCCCUCCCAGACCCCGUUGGCGGAAGCAAGUCCGUAGAAGGCGCAGUGUCCCCGAGCAACUCCAUGUUGUCCGAGUCCGUGCGAAACUCUGGUGCCCACAGAGGCAAUGCUCGCGCGCACGUCAACAACGCAGCUGCCAAUGACAACAACAACAACUUUGGCGGCAACAUGGUAGUUGGCGUUGGUGCACCAUUGUUUCGAGGUCCGGGACCAAGGCUUUUGAAUCUGAUAUGGUCGAUAUCCGCGCAACUAGGAUGGGCCGUGGAUGACGGAAGCCAAAUCGCCACAGCAGUGGUUGUCAACCGCCACCUUCUCAUUGGCAUGCGAUGGCUCAGCCUCGCCUUGAUGGCCUUUCCCCUGUUUUGGACGCUCUGUGCACGCGCGGCGCAUUGGAUUCCUUGCAAGCCAGUGGAUUAUCAUUUGGAAGACCUUCCUUAUCAACUCACCAGCGAAAUGAGAUUCCUCUCCGAGCUUGAAUGCGGUGGUGCUGCAGUUGUGCUGUUUCUGAUAUUGUUAUAUCUUGGCCGUUGGUGCGAAAGAUGGACAAGCCGUGAUUUCACGCGCGCCAUGCUAGAACACAUUAGCUUCCAAACGCUGCAAUCCACGUUUCUUGAGCGGCUGUUGUUGCGGUAUAAACGAAGAUGGGAUGAAGUAUGCCCCUUGUUCCUACAAAGGCUAACAUUUAUUCCUCAGUGGAACCUACGGUCUGCAGGUGACCUCUUCAAGCACAUUUGCUUCUGGAGGAGUCAAGAUUUCCGCGAACAUAGAUCUGUUUUCCGUGCCGUUGCCGGUAGAGGCCUCAUGUUUUGGGGUGGUCGCUGGGACGACAUUGAAAUUGAAGACCAUUCGUCGAGAAAACUUCUGUUGGCUGCCAUCGGUGCCUUGGGAAGCUUCAGUUCGACAACCCCGCACUUUUGGAUGAAUCUUCUGACGGUGUUUUCGUGCAGCAUCAGCCUGGGUUUGAGCAUGUCGUUGCAUUCAUUGGAAAAGGGAGUCUCGGGAGGAGCAUACGGGAGUGUGGGCGCCGUCCUGAAGGGCUUAAAUUUGGUCACGCUGGUGAGCCUUUCAUUCUUAUUGGGCCAGCUACUCGGAAGCUCUGGUGGAGUUUUGUUUCUGGCGGAGUUUGUCGUCACGUCCAUCAGCUUUAUUCUUGGUGGAGCUGGAACAAUCUCUGCGAGUAGUGUUGAGUCUUGGGGUUGUUUCUUUUGCCUUUCCUCGACGGCGUUCUGGGGCUACCUGUUUGGAAGAGUUGCAUUGAUGGACGGUGUCAUACGACAAAAGCGUCUGGUUCGAAGCAGUCUGUUUUCAACCACGCUCUUGUGUGCCUCGCUAGCGCUCGUAGCGGUCCUCUGGAUUGUUGUCUCCCUUUGGAGGUGGAACCUGCCGCAGUCUCUGAUGAUCUUGCGCCCCAGCAGUGCCAGCAUGGCCAAGACAGCUCGAGGCGCCACGGGAGCAUCGGCUGCAAGCGGUGGUGUUGCACGUAGAGCAGCCGCCGACUACGCCGCCAAGCACUUGCAAUGAUGCAGUCCAUGAUGACUACGACAGCACUAGCUACUGAUUUUUGGACGAUAAUUACUUCACAGCCAUUCUAAAAUUCACAGGUACUGAUACGGUAGAGUGCUACAAGAAGUAGUCCGGAGG